GCGAGGGAUUGUAUGGUAGUCCUCGCCAACACGACUAUGAAUUGUCACAAGUACAAGGGCCAUACUGACAUCUUAAAUGAACUGUUGUCUUUCAUUCCUGGUCUGACUGAUGUAAAACUCGAUGGAAAUAUGUGUUUCUGUAAUAGUGAUGCUUGUAGGCCUGAAACCAAUCGAGCUUGUUCAGGCGUUCAAAUACUCGGAAUAUGUAUUCCCGUCUGGGGUUUUGUAUUGGCUGGAAUAAUGCUGCUAUUGUUGCUGGGCUGUGUAUGUUGUUGCUGCUGCUGCCGAACAUGCAGUGCCAAUGCUUACAUAAGUUUGUAAUAGGACUCAAGUGAUGUAUUUAAGCCCAUAGUAUAUGACAUUUUAUCGAGUGGAAUUUUUCGUGGGCCAAAUUGCCGACAUGUCAAACAUUUAGAACUGUAAUCAUGCUGAAUGUUUAUCUUUAGCUGCUAUAGAAGUGAAGCCAAUCUUGAAUGAUGGACUUGGCCGGGAAAACUAAUUUGAAUAUUGCUUAUCACGGAUGAACUAAAACAUACA